UCCAUCCUAAUCCUCCCAAAAAACAAAUUCUCAUGAUGUUGAGCUACCUACAGUACCCAAAAUUUAGAGAAGACAAUCAUAAUUAUGUUCCUUAUAUUAAUAUUUAAUAAUAAUAAUUAAAAUCAAACCUUUUCUUUUUAUUUCUUUCCAACACAAUUUGGAGGAAAAUACUUGGGAAAUUGGGGCAAAAAACAGGAAUCAAACUUUGUGAUUCAUUCAUUCAAAUUCAAAAAACAUUUCCCAAAUGUCAUGGCUUGCUCGCUCCAUCGCCAAUUCCCUACGCAUCGACGAUGACGACGAAACUAUUCUACAACCUCAAUCUCCGCCACACCGCCGUCGUGGAAAUCCGCCGGUGUCGGAAAAUAAUGUGGAGGAGAGAGAACAUGGAGAAUUAGAUAGAGAUCUGCGUGGUGUCAAAGAUGAUCUCAGCGAAUUUAAAGAAACCCUAACUCGUCAAUUAUGGGGUGUCGCGAAUUUUCUCGCUCCUCCUCCUAAUACGGGUUGUUCUGCUUCUUCACAAUCGCAUGAUCAACGAGUUUUCCCCGUGUUAAAUCGGUCGGAAUCGACUGAUUCUUCGGUUUCGGGUAACGAAGAUGAUGACGAAGAAUCGUCGGUCAAUGCUCCUAUUUCAAACACAGAUAGAAAUUAUUCAGAAUUCGGAAAUAAACGAAUUGUUAUAGAGAAUUGUGAAUCGUCUUCGAGUUUGCAUCGGUUGGGAUUGCAAAAGGUUGAGGAGGAGGAUGAUGAUUGGGUUAACGAAGCUGUUGGAUUAACUGAUGAGGUUUUGACAUUUUCUGGGAAUAUUGCACAUCAUCCUGAGACUUGGUUAGAUUUUCCUGUCGAAGAUGAUGAAGAUUGUGAAGAUUUUCCUAUGUCAGAGGCUCAGAAGAGGCAUGCUCAAGCCAUUGAAUACCUCACACCAAGGCUUGCAGCACUUAGAAUUGAACUUUGUCCUGCCCAUAUGAGUGUAGGGUUUUUCUGGAAAGUUUAUUUUGUUCUUUUGCACUCAAGGCUCAAUAAACAGGAUGCUGAGCUAUUGUCAACGCCUGAGGUUGUAGAAGCCAGAGCAAAGUGGAUGCAGGAGCAACAAAAGCGGACCAAAAAAGAUUCAGAAUGGUAUCACGCUGGGUUGUAUUCUAGGUUAAGUGCUGACUUUGAUGAUGACUGUACUCCAAGAUCCGUGCAGAAUGAGCAUUCAGAGACCUUUUCAUCCUGGACGUUUGCUUCUGAGCCUGCCACUUCUUCCACAGUUGAUUCGGAUGUGGAGAAACAUGUAAGCAAUGAACUGCAGUUUAUGGAUAAGUCAAUUAUUAAUGAGAAACAAUUGGAAGAGACAGAUGAUAAGAAUAUACUUGCUGGACCAAUGUCAAAGAGACCUGUUUUGAGGUUUAUUAUUAAUGAUGAUGAUGAUGAUAGUGAUGAGUGGCCUGAAGAAGAUUGCUUAGGAAUGAGUGGAAGAUUUAUACCUGUUGGAAUCUCAGAUGAGGUAUCUUUUAGCGAUCUUGAGGAUGAUGAUUGCUGUAUACCUGUCAUAUCAAAAUCUUAGUAUAAGGUGUAAUUCAAUAUGAAAACAAAUGUAUCAUCAGACUGGCUGCCAGAUCUUAUUGAUUGCUGGAAAUUCCAAUACAUGGGAUUUCAUGGCCGAGGUUGAAGCAUAUGGUGUCUGUGGCCUUUCCUAGCAUGAAAAUUCGCCGCCAUGUCCCAUUGGUGAAGUUCUGUUUGUAUGUAACCAUUGCGUUAGCACCUGGUGAAAAGGUGCCAGCUUAACCAAACUGGCGGUUCCAGCCUUCUAUAUCUUAUGUUCUUGAGUGUACAGAUUUUGUAUCUUUUUUUGUACAAGAUUGAUGGGUCCCUUUAUUUGUUGAAAUCUGUACAUUACCACAAAUAUCCCAAAUUAAGCCAUGAAGCGGUUUGUAAGUGUAUGCAUUACAUGCUUCCAUUUUUUUCGGUUAUGUUUGGAAGAUAGAAGUGAAAUUGUAAAGUUGUCCGGUCUUUUUCAUAUAA